UGUUUAUUAGUAGGACAAAAUUAACGAAAGUUAAGAUUAAGUUUCACAAAUAGUGCUUCGGAAAGGCAGAUCUCCACGCCCAGUUAACCCACAGCACAGCGAAUAGUCCCGAAGUCCAGCGAAUAGAGAAGGCAGCGCGAUGGGUUCACUUUUCCGCAGCGAGGAGAUGUCCCUCUGCCAGCUCUUCCUCCAGAGCGAAGCAGCGUACGCCUGUGUGUCCGAGUUGGGAGAGCUCGGUCUGGUGCAGUUCCGUGACCUCAAUCCCGACGUGAAUGCGUUUCAACGCAAGUUUGUCAAUGAGGUGCGCCGCUGUGACGAGAUGGAACGCAAGUUGCGCUAUCUCGAGAAAGAAAUCAAAAAGGAUGGCAUCCCGAUGCUGGAUACCGGUGAAAGUCCCGAAGCGCCCCAGCCCCGCGAGAUGAUCGAUCUGGAGGCGACCUUCGAGAAGCUGGAAAAUGAGUUGCGUGAGGUGAACCAAAACGCGGAAGCCCUCAAGCGAAACUAUCUGGAGCUUACCGAGCUGAAGCACAUCCUGCGUAAGACUCAAGUCUUUUUUGACGAGGCAAUGUAUACCGAAAAAGUACCUAAUAAGACAAGAACCCGCUAUCAACAGAUGGCGGAUUCGCACAGGGAAGAGGAGCAGGUUAACCUUCUGGGUGAGGAGGGCAUUCGAGCUGGUGGUGCCGGGGCACAGGGACAGAAUCUAAAACUAGGUUUUGUGGCCGGUGUAAUCCUUCGCGAACGGCUGCCGGCGUUCGAGCGGAUGCUUUGGCGUGCCUGCCGCGGUAACGUGUUUCUGCGCCAGGCCAUGAUCGAGGACCCGCUCGAGGAUCCGGCCAACGGUGACAAGGUGUACAAGUCGGUGUUUAUCAUCUUCUUCCAAGGCGACCAGCUGAAGACGCGGGUGAAGAAAAUUUGCGAGGGCUUCCGUGCCACGCUGUACCCGUGCCCGGAAGCGCCGACCGAUCGGCGCGAGAUGGCGAUGGGCGUAAUGACGCGCAUCGAGGACCUGCACACGGUGCUCGGCCAAACGCAGGACCAUCGCCACCGGGUGCUGGUGGCGGCGGCCAAGAACCUAAAGAACUGGUUCGUGAAGGUGCGCAAAAUAAAGGCCAUCUACCACACGCUCAAUCUGUUCAAUCUGGACGUGACGCAAAAGUGUCUGAUCGCCGAGUGCUGGGUGCCGCUGCUCGACUUCGAGACGAUUCAGAUCGCGCUGCGCCGCGGUACCGAGCGGUCCGGGUCGUCCGUGCCGCCCAUCCUGAACCGCAUGGAAACGUUCGAGGACCCGCCGACGUACAAUCGGACGAACAAGUUCACGCACGCGUUUCAGGCGCUGAUCAAUGCGUACGGGGUGGCCAGCUACCGGGAGAUGAAUCCGGCCCCGUACACCAUCAUCACGUUUCCGUUUCUGUUCGCGGUCAUGUUCGGCGACCUGGGCCACGGUGCCAUCAUGGCCCUGUUCGGCCUGUGGAUGGUGCUGAAGGAGAAACCGCUGGCGGCCAAAAAGUCCGACAACGAAAUCUGGAACAUCUUCUUCGGCGGCCGGUACAUCAUCUUUCUGAUGGGCGCAUUUUCGAUGUACACCGGGUUCGUGUACAAUGACAUCUUCUCGAAGUCGCUCAAUGUGUUCGGUUCGUCGUGGAGCAUCAACUACAACACGUCGACCGUGAUGAGCAACAAGGCGCUACAGCUCGACCCGCGGGGAGCCGACUACGCACAGACGCCGUACCCGAUCGGGCUGGACCCGGUGUGGCAGGUGGCGCCGCUGAACAAGAUCAUCUUCCAGAACGCGUACAAGAUGAAGAUUUCGAUCAUCUUCGGCGUGAUCCACAUGCUGUUCGGGGUGUUUGUGGGACUGUUCAACCACCGGUACUUCAAGAACAAGAUGGCCAUCUACUGCGAGUUCAUUCCGCAGGUGAUCUUUCUGGUGUUUCUGUUCUUCUACAUGACCCUGCUGAUGUUCACCAAGUGGGUCAAGUACUCGGCCAACUACGAGGACGUACGCUUCUCGGCCGGCUGCGCCCCCUCCAUUCUGAUCACGUUCAUCAACAUGGUGUUGUUCAAGGCACCGGACGAAAGCGAAGGCGACUGCUCGCCGUUUAUGUUUGCCGGCCAGCAGGGUUUGCAAAAGUUCCUCGUCGUCAUUGCGCUGCUCUGCGUGCCGUGGAUGCUGCUCGCCAAGCCGAUACUGAUCAUGCGUGGCCGUAAGGAAGCUGCCCAUCAACCGAUUGCACCGUACAGUAACGAGAACGGUGACACGGAGGCAGGCGGAUUGAACCAGGCGAACAAUUCCACCGUGGCGCAAGGUGGGCAACCGCAACCGCAACAGGGAGGCGGCGCCGGCCACGGACACGACAACGAGGAGAUGUCCGAAAUCUUUAUCCACCAGGGUAUCCACACGAUCGAGUACGUGCUGGGAUCGGUGUCCCAUACCGCGUCCUAUUUGCGCCUGUGGGCUCUUUCGCUGGCCCAUGCCCAGCUGGCCGAAGUGCUGUGGAACAUGGUGCUGCAGAAUGGGCUGAAGCAGGACGGUUGGAUCGGUGGCGUUGCGCUGUGGGCCGUGUUCGCUUUCUGGGGCGUGCUGACCGUCGGAAUCUUGGUGCUGAUGGAGGGUCUUUCGGCUUUCCUGCACACUCUGCGUUUGCACUGGGUCGAAUUCCAGAGCAAGUUCUACGCCGGGUUGGGCUACGCGUUCCAACCGUUCUCGUUCGAGGUCAUCCUCGAGUCCAGCUCCAGCUCGACCGAAGACUAAAAAGCGACCAGCUCCGCACGAUUAACGAACGAACCAAUAAACUAUAUUGCAACCAUUACGUACUAACAUGCUAACCACCUCCCCAAUGGGUCAAUGUUCAACACGCGAGCACACUUUUGUCCGCCAUCGGUCCGCGAUGCGGAUACGCUUACGCUUCGAUACUCUCUCCGAUAAUGGAACGGACAACGUAGAGGAACAUCAUAUUGGAACAUACACACUUUAAUCAACUCGAAAUAUAAAUUAACCGUUGUGCUGUUUGUGGUUCAAUGAAAAUGUAACGAUUACUGUUCACCUUUCAAACUAAUCUACUAGACAACUACUCCCCUUCAAGGCAAAGCAUGUUCAAUGUAGGCCUUUGAUUUAGAUACUCGGUGUCGUUUGAUCCCUUCCCUCCCUACUGACCCUCCGUUCGCACCAUCCAUCCGAUCCAGCAGUGCCACCCCUGGCCACCAUCACGCGGUGGUUCAGUUUCGCAACUUGCUACUGAAAUAAAUGUUACUCGUUCAUGUUCAUAGU